CAUAUCUUAGAGUCUGUCAACUGUUCAAUGGUAGAUGAUGAUGACAUUGAUAUUCAAGCAUUGAAUCAAUAUAAUGUAUCCAGUACCAGUUCAUUUAUUAACAUUACUGGUCUUAAUGAUGACACUUGCUAUAUUUUUGGCAUACGUGGAUAUUCUAGUAGAGGACCAGGAAGCUGGAGGGUUAUUAGUAAUGAGACAUUGAUAAGUCAAGAAGUAUGUAUUGGGUCAAAUGAUAAAGGAGCUGUUGAUGGUGCUAGUAUUGGACUGGGUGCAGUGGUUGGAUUAUUAUUAAUAUCACUAGUUGUUAGCAUCAUUAUUAACAUCUACUGCUUUAUCAAGCAUAAAACCUUUGAUACAACCACUGUUAAGCAAACAAAGUUUGAUGAUGAUAUACCAAUGCAAGCCUGUGAACCAUAUGGCAUUCACAAGACUAAAGAUGCUACAAGAGAGGCAGUAUAUGAGUGUCCUGAUGUCAUUGUUAAUGAUACUGCUAUUUAUGAAACAUAACUUAUGAAACAGUAAAAACUAACAGGGCAAUUUAAUAUACAUGUACAUGUAGUUUAAUACACACUAGCUGUGUGGUACAACAGUAUAUGAUGUUCAUGAACUUGUUUGUUAUGCACACAUUUUGGAUCUUAGUUUAUUAAAGUGUAACUUUUAUGAUCACAGUAGAGUGUUAUUGUAACUGCUUUCAAUGUCCUUGUAUCAAUUCUAAUGUUUGCAGUGUUUUUUAUAGUGUUACUAUCUAAUCAAGUUACAGUAAA